AUGGCUUCCAAAAAAUAUUAUACAACGGAAGAACUCAUCGAUCUCGUCGAAAAUGAGGAGUUUUGGAAGGCUGACAUUUUCAUUACGCCUCCAAAUGAUGGUCAGAUGUCGGAAGAGGAUUCGGAUGAUGAUGAAAUGCCCACUCUGAAUAUAAAUCACCUUAGUGGGCGUCAAUUGGCUGCUGAAGCUGUUGCAAAGUUUCACGGCUUGGAUGGUACCACUUAUAUAUAUGAGGAUGGGGAGGUUUCAAAUGACUAUCAAGAUUGGGAUAGUGAGGACGAGAUUCCACUGGCACAGCUUCUUCCAGAUAUAAGACGUAAAUUUAUUGAACGGGACUGGAAAAAAUGCGAUUUGGAUAUCAACUUUCCAGAAUUUAUCUCGCCCAAAGUGAGUCCACCACCGCAACACCCCGACGCAGUUACAUGUUUCGAAGUAUUUUUUGAUAUGGAUUUGUGGACUUACUUGAAGGAAAUGUUCGUCCUAUAUGCCACUCAAAAAGGGGACUAUAAUUUUGACAUAACAGUGGAUGAGAUAAAGUGCUUUGUAGGUAUUUUGUUUCUCUCGGGGCAUCUUCAAGUACCGAGAUGGCGUAUGUUAUGGGAGGUGGAUUCCGAUACGUAUAAUCCUAUGGUUGCAAAUGCUAUGCGUCGCAAUAGGUUUGAUAAAAUAAAAAAGUAUGUUCAUUGUGCAGACAAUAUGAACUUAGUUCCCAGUGAUAAGUUUGCGAAGAUACGACCAAUAUUUGACAUGCUAAAUAAGCGUUUCUUAGAUCAUGCUUUUAUGAACGAAAAAAUGAGCAUAGAUGAGAGCAUGAUUCCUUACUUUGGCAGGCAUGGCACGAAACAAUUUAUAAAGGGAAAGCCGAUUCGAUAUGGAUAUAAGGUUUGGUGUUUAUGCGAUCCAUGUGGUUAUUUGAUACAAUUCGAUCCAUACCAGGGUAAACAGAAUAACAGGCAGUAUAUGGAAUUAGGUGUAGGAGGGUCAGUAGUGCGAACAUUACUGUCAAAGCUGCCCCCUCAUGUACCAUUCAAGAUAUAUGGCGACAGAUAUUUUUCUUCCCUGAAACUUGUAAAUGAACUGCAGAAAUUGGGUUAUGGAUAUACUGGUACCAUAAAUCCUAAUAGGACUGAACAUUGUCCUCUACCAUCGAAGUCGGAGGUGAAGAAAACACCUAGAGGUUCGUAUACUUACAUGACCGACAGAACUACGGGAAUAACCUUAACGUCGUGGAACGAUAACCGUCCCGUGUUAACCGUAAGUUCUUGUGAUCCCGUGAAUCCUAUUGGCCAGGUAAAUAGAUGGGUGUCUGCAGAGAAAAAAAAAAUACCUGUGCCGCAACCAUACGUCAUUGGACAAUAUAAUAAAAACAUGGGAGGGGUGGAUCGUAUGGACCAAAACAUAAAUAAUUACCGAAUAAGCAUAAAGUCGAAGAAGUGGUGGUGGGCUCUAUUCGGAUUCUCUUUAGAUUCAGCUCUUCAUAAUGCUUGGCAAAUCUACAGACGCCAGCCCAAUAAUGAAAAAAUUGAUUUCGUAAAAUUCAGAAGGGAUAUCACCAACGUUUAUUUGAAAAAAUAUAGUAAUCCAUGUAUUGGAGGAGGACGACCCAAAUCAUCCAAACCAAUAAUUGCCAGAACGCAGCAGAACAUAAGAUAUGAUGGAUAUAACCAUUGGAUGAUUCCUUCUGAUAAGCAAGGACGCUGUGCAAUAUGCAGAAAAAAUACAACGAAAAAAUCUUUCAAUAUUUCCUAA